AACUGACGAGAGAGAGAAAGAGGAGAGAUGAGAAAAUUCUAGAGAGAGAAAAGAGAGCUCGGUGUAAAUUGAGCGGCAAUUCUGAGUUCACAAAACCUACCGUGAUUCUGACUCUGAAAUUGAGAGAUUUAGAGAGAAAUGGAAGAAAUCAGAACAAUAGUUGUGGUAGUAGAAGACGUUGAAGCGGCGAAGACGGCUCUUCGAUGGUCUCUCAACAAUAUAGUCCGUCACGGCGACUUGAUCACUCUGCUUCACGUCUUCCCUUCUUCUUCCUCCAGAUCUAAAAAAACGAAAAAGAAACUCCGUCUCAGAGGUUUCCAAUUAGCACUCUCCUUCAAAGAUAUCUGCGAUCAUUUCCCUAACACGAAGAUCGAGAUUGUUGUUAUGGAAGCUGAUCGUCAAGAAGGCGAUACGAUCGCUUCCGUAGUCAGAGAAACCGGUGCCUCUACACUCGUCGCCGGCCUUCACGAUCAGAGUUUUCUAUACAAGUUGGCAUUGGGGAGGAAUAAUAUAGUGAAAACAUUGAAUUGCAAAAUAAUAGCAAUGAAGCAACCAGCAGUAGCAAGUGAUGUUAGUUCAGUACCCAACAUGGACUUGUCUGAGAUAGAAUUCGGAUUGAGUAUACCUGAAAUCCCACAACCAAAGAUUCCAUACCGCAUAUGUCCAGACCCUUCAGCAAUCAUAUGUAUAAGUAGAUUGAGGAAGAAACCAAAGAGAAAUGGCAGCUAGCUAACUAGUUCACAGUUUGUGCCAAAUAAUUGCGGUUUGUUUUUUUCAAUGAUUUGAAGGAUUUGGAGCUUUUUGAGCCCACACAAAUCUUGAUAGUAUCUACAAAAAAAAAGGGUAUAAAAGAAACACAACACAAUCUUACUACAUAGUGGCCUGAUCAUCUGAAUGGUUUCCUGUUGGGGUUUGACUGAUGGAUUUAUUAUAAUUGGGGGAUAUUUGAGUGUAGUAUUUAUUUCUCUUUUCUGUGGUCUGAUUUCUUAAUUUCACAUUGUGAUAACUAGCUAGGUUCCUUAAUUUAAUUUCUAAUGUUUUCAUGA